UAAGCACUGAUCUUAGAGCUGUUCAGCACCUUCUCAUUGGAAGGCUGAAGCUACCAGUCGGUGCUGAAAAGAAAUCUUUUCUACAAAUAUUCUACAAAAUUAUCCAAAAGACAUACUAAACAUCGCCAUGAAGCUGCUGACUGUGUCUGUACUUCUUUGUGCAAUGAUGGCUCUGAUCAUUGCUGCUGAAGAAGGUGGGACAGAGGCAAAGGCACCAGAAGAGCAUCUUGUUGAGAAGAGAGCCUUAUGUCACUGGUGUCACUGGAUCAGGUUCGGCAACCGAUACUACCGCUAUUUUCCUUAUCACUUGGAUUGGGCUCAUGCUCAGAGACACUGUCAGUCCGUGCAUGCAAACCUGGCAUCUGUACGCAGCCUCAGAGAAUACCGUGAGAUUCAAAGGGUCAUAUAUCAUGCUACUCACAGUUACCCACUUACAUGGAUUGGAGGCUCUGAUGCUCAAAAGGAGCGUCAUUGGUUUUGGAUCGAUGGAACUCCUUUCAAAUUUACGUACUGGUGUCGUGGAGAGCCUAACAACUAUAGGCACAGAGAGCACUGCAUGCACAUGAACUGGUCAGGACACAAGUGUAUGAAUGAUAUAAACUGUCACUACCGAUACCCAUAUGUCUGCGUCAGGAAAGUCCAGGGAUGAAGACAUGGUUUACCAAACAAAGAAGCAAAUGAUCACAUGUAUCCCAAAAAUCUGUUUCCCAUUUCACAUCUUUACUGCUUUUUCUUUGCUGUAACGCUACAUAAGGAAUGAUGCGACAAGUGAAAUAAAGUGGAGAUGGAUUUUCUCUUUCAAUAGGAGGAAACUAAAUGUGUAAUGGAAAGAAUGCUUUUAGUAAAUCUUUAUUUUCCAGAUUUAACUUUUCUUUUUCAUCUUCAUCAUUAAAAUCUCAAGCAUUGAA